GGUAAAACGGAAAGUCCAAGAUGGCGGACUAAGCGGCGUGGCUUUCCGGAGAAGUUUCACAUUUACGAUCUUAUAGAUUCAAAAAUAGCAUCAAAUACCUCAACUAUUCACCUUUUCUUAAGCUCACGAAACGGACUUUGUGUGUGGAGCGACGGCGUGUUAUCUGAAGUGAAGAUUGAAGACGUGAUAGAAGAUGGACGACUACUGCUAUGCUAAGAUGGCGACGUCCGCUAAAAGAGAACAUGAAAGAGAAUCAGCGCCACCAACUUCCAGCAAUUCACCAACGGAGAUAAAGACGAAAGAUGAAGACGUCCAGCAGCUGAUCGGUAAUCCAGAAGAAGUUUCCCCUCAGUUAGGGGGGAGCUCCACUUUGAAGCAGGAGACUCCACAACCACCCUGCAUUAAAAAGGAAGAGGAGGAACUCUGCAUCACUCAGGAGGGAGAGUGUCUUCUAGGACGAGAGGAAGCUGAUUACACCAAGUUUCCACUGAGUAUUCUCUCUGUGAAGACUGAAGAUGAUGAAGAGAAACCACAAGUAGACAACCUCUUAGCUCCACUAUCAGAUAGUGAGGUUGAAGGCGAGGUUGAAGAACCUUUGAGCAGCGAUACAGACUGUGAAGGUGAUAUGAGGACUCACACUGACAACAAACACUCUGAAUGCUCUUCAAAGAAGAGAGGUAAAACAUGUUUGAGCUGCUCAGUUUGUGGUGAAAGUUUUACUAAAAAGAGCCAUUUGACUCAACACAUGAGAACACACACAGGAGAAAAACCAUUCAGUUUGUGUUCAGUUUGUGGCAAAAGCUUUUCUCGAAAUAGCUUGUUGAGUCGACACAUGAGAACACACACAGGUGAAAAACCUUUUAAUUGUUCAGUUUGUGGCAACAGCUUUUCUCGAAAUAGCUAUUUGACUGAACACAUGAGAACACACACAGGUGAAAAACCUUUUAAUUGUUCUGUUUGUGGCAACAGCUUUUCUCAAUAUAGCUCUUUGACUCAACACAUGAGAACACACACAGGAGAAAAACCAUUUAAUUGUUCAGUUUGUGGCAAAAGCUUUUCUCAAAAUAGCUCUUUGACUCAACACAUGAGAACACACACAGGUGAAAGCACAUUUAAAUGUUCAGUUUGUGGCAAAAGCUGUUCUGUUGAGAGAUAUUUGACUGAACACAUGAGAACACACACAGGUGAAAAACCAUUUAGUUGUUCAGUUUGUGGCAAAAGUUUUUCUUUUAAGGGCAGUUUGAUUGAACACAUGAGAACACACACAGAUGAAAAACCUUAUAAGUGUUCAGUUUGUGGCAAAAGCUUUUCUGUUAAGAGAAUAGUGAAUCGACACAUGAGAACACACGGGACUAAGACCAUUUAAUUGUUCAGUUUGUGGUAAAAGCUUUCAUCAUAAUUAUCUUAUCUGCUCAUGACACCAUGUCUUUUCUGUAUCUGAAACCUUCCUGAACAGUAAGAUAGAUGAUGCUCAAGUGUUUGGUUACUCCUUCUUCAGUCCAGGGACCUGGGGCCUCAUGUGUCAAGUUUGUGCGCGCUCAAAAACCUGCACUACACCCUUUUUCACUGCAAAGUUGAGAUGUAUCAAAACUGACGUUGACGCAUAAGUGAUGCUGGGUAACUGUUUGCAUAACAAACUGCCAACUUUUACUCCUCAGACUGAUUGAUGUGCAAAUCAGAGACAUACAAACAAUGAACCCCCAACACCCACAACCCAACCCCCACCUCCCUCGACAUUCGGGCAUAACAGGUUCAAUCCGGCCCGCAAGAUGAGUUUGCGAAGUGUAAAAUUCAGCUGCAUUUUUUAAUGAAAGAAACUGCUGUUCUAAAUGUGUCCACUGGAUGUCGCAGUAGCAAUUCUGUUAGGCAAGCAAAUAGUUUAUACCGGGGCGAGCAAGUAUACCAAGCUAGAGGUACACGGUGAAGCGGGGCUGUGACUCCUCCCCCUCCACCCAACGUAAAACAGUAGUAAAAUAAGCAAUCAGUAACCCCACUUAAAAUGCAGCAUGAGACACUGCACACUGAUAUAGUUCUGUGAAAAUGAUUGUCUUCUGUGCAAAUGUAAAGAAAGUGAACAGUGUGUGAUUUACUGCAAUACUGUCAGUCUUUUAACUUUUUAUUUGUGCUUUGUUGAAAUUGUUCACACAUUGCACAGCUUUUAUUUUUCUAUAGUUACACAGUAGAGAAUAUAGGAUAUACUUUCCGGCAAAAAGUAAUGACGUCAUAUAAAUUUAAUAUGAAAAAAUAAUGCAAAAAAACUAAAGUCCCGCCCCCUGACUUCCGGUCUAUAUGUCCCGCCUUCUGACGUCUGACUAUGAUUUGACAGAUCAAUCUUUGAAAGAUGAGUCUAUUUCAUCGCUAAAUUUUUUAUAUAUUUAAUUUGACAGGUCUUCGAAAGAUGUGAAAACAAUAAUCUAUAUAUUUACUAUAUUGAAUAUGAAUUUAUUGCAGCUAUAGUCACUGUGUGUAGACUUGAAGGGGGUCUCGUAUCCUUAGUAAGGGCUUUUUUCUAACAGGAAAAUUGGGGGUCUGUUUUAUAAGUUUUUCGGUGAAUUGAGAUAAAGAUGACCUGUUAUCAAAGCCCUACAAUGGGGGGGUGUGGGGGUCCCCACCCUCCUGUCUGUUGUAGUCUAAAACUGAUUUUGACAGUUGUUGACUGAUGAAAGAAAAAUAUAAGCAGUCAUAUAAGCAUGCGUGCAAUCCCAUUAAUUAAAUCAAAUGUGCUGGGUCGUAGGAAUGGGAAUAGUCACAUCCUUCAUGAUUGAAUGUAACCACGCUCCCCAUCGUUGGAUGAUGCUGAGACAAUCGAUCAUACAAUGACUUCUCAUCUUACUUUAUAUCAUAGUCAAACUAAGUUUAUCUUUGUUUCUGAAAUAUAUCUCGAUUUUAAAUACCGCCAACAUUAAAAUAUACCAUGCGACACUAGUUUUAACAAUAAUACAAAUAAUAUUAAAGUCAUGUUGUUGAUUGUGUGGUUUAGUUUAGGUUUUAAGCCACAUCCUGCAGUUAAAAAAGAUGAACAAUUAGUUUCAAACAAAUGGUAAAUGUUAAAAGCUAUUAAUGCCAAAGUUUUUCAAAUCUUCCCAUACUACUUUUUAAACUUUAAAUGUCUACUUUUUAUCAUUGUAAGAUUUUCAGGAAAAUAUAUUUAGUUUAUUUUUCAUAUUACAAUAUUUUUGAUCCACACCUUGUGUAAAUAUCGUUAAAGUUUAAUCCGCAUAUUUUUUUGUAAUAUUUAACACCAUGUUUUUAAUUGCCUGUCACUACAUUGUAGGAAUAUUGAUAGUUUUCUUCUUUUCGUAAUGUUCACAUGUUUUAUAUACGUAUUGUGACUUUAAGUUGCAUUUUAAGUGUAGCUUUUAUUGUCAUUGUACAACAAUGCAACACAAUUGAAUGAAUAGCUGCAAGUCAACUUUAGCUUGCUGAUUGUACAAUAUUUGGUGUAGUGUGACUUUUUGGUGCUUUUAGACUGCCGACCAUUCCCAUGUUUUUUAUCAUUGCUUUUUCCUAAAUUUAACCUUGUUUGCGUAUAUGUUCUUCUCAAGCAGACCCCCCCACCCCCAUUGUCUACCUGUAUCUCACCUUUUUUGUAAGGGGCGCCGGAAGUUGGCAGACCCGUCAGCGAUCCUGUUCUGUCUCCCUGUAAUGUUUGUCUGAUCUGGAAAGGGAUUGUGCUGAAAAUUGUAAUUUCCCCACCGGGAUUAAUAAAGUAUUUCUGAUUUUUGAUAAUAGUUUAUUAAAAUACUAACAGAUGGUGGAAAUACAAAGUGAUGUUAAUAAUAGUCUUCACAUCAAUAAUAUUGCAAACUACACUACCGUUCAAAAGUUUGGGGUCACCCAAACAAUUUUGUGGAAUAGCCUUCAUUUCUAAGAACAAGAAUAGACUGUCGAGUUUCAGAUGAAAGUUCUCUUUUUCUGGCCAUUUUGAGCGUUUAAUUGACCCCACAAAUGUACUGCAUUUGUACAUCUAUUCAUUAAAGUUAUGUUCAACCACACCCAAACAUGCUCACCCAAUUACUUUUUCCAAUGACUUUUUCUGUUUCCUUUUCAUUCACUACUCAGUUUGUCAGUGUUUUAGCAAGUGUGUUUUUCAAAACCUAUUCAUAACGUUCAACACUUUAGAAUUUUUUUAUUUUUUGGUCGCAAUAUUUGACAUGUUUAAGAGCAGAAUGUUUCCCACAUUAACUAUUUGUGUGUACAUAACUUACUGAUUAUAUUGGCUGAAUUUAACAUACAUAUUUCUAGUCAUUGCU